CGCAACAGUUAACAAACUUGAACAACCUAGGACGCCAGCAGCUUACAUAACUAUUAGUGCCUUGGUCAGAUCCUGCUGUAACCAUCCGCAGCAUCUUCGUCCCGAGCGACCAGAACCCCGCCCGGGUGAAAUGAGAUCCACGAAUCCCGGUGGCCGUUCCGUCGAUCUUAGCCGGGAAUCAUGUCCAGAAUACCAACGACUGCUGCCCGCCUCCUCCAAGUUGCAGGUUGCAAGGCCAAGAUUAGGAAGAAGAAUAGCUGAACCCGAUGGAUGAUUCAAAUAGUGGCAGGCUGCCCGGCAUUGAAGCUUCAGAUUCAAACCCGAUCGAUUGAUCUUCCCCCCUUGAGCUAGGUAAGUAGUUCACUCUCUACGCUCCGAUGCCCAUCAUGAAAUCAAACCCAUCAUCAAGCACGGUCGCAUACUGCGUGCUGGGAGUAGUCGCCGCGGCCGGAGCAGUCGCGGCUCGCUGCAGCGCACCACACUACUCGCUCAGUAGGGAGCCCGCCUCUCCCAUCUCGCAGCCCCUGGGGCCUCAGUUCGUGAGCUACUCGUUCGAGCCGGCCUUCUGGAUCGAGUUCUUCGGCGAGCCCGACUCGCCCCGGAACCUCACCUUCACGCUUCUGAAUCACCUCCACGAGCGCGGGGCGAGACCCAUCAUCCGGGCGGGCGGCAUCACCAUGGACAGCAUGGUCUUCGACGGACGCCAGAAGGCGUCCGUGGUGCGCACCGAGGACGGGAAGGGCGGCAUAUACCGAACGACCGUCGGGCCCGCCUUCUACCGGCAAUGGGAUACUUUCCCGCCGGGGACUCGCUUCGUGUCGACGCUCAACUUCGGCAACGCCUCUCUCGACAUCGCCCGCGGGCUGGCCGCCGCCUCCUACCAGCUGCAGCGCGACAAGAUCGCCUACUACGAGCUGGGCAACGAGCCGACCAACUACCCGUCGAGCCGGUGGAACGGGAGCACCGCAGCCUACAUCGCGCAGUGGCAGCACUUCACCGGCGAGAUCGACGCCGCCACCCACAACGACAGCCACGGCCGCUGGUGGGCGUCCUCGGCCACCACGGACAUAACCCCGCUGAGAGUCCGCCCCAGCGACCUCAUCCCGGCCGGCGUCAACUCCACGGGCCAGGUCGGCCAGUACUCAAUCCACUCGUACGCCUUCGCCACCUGCGACCCGGCGCGGGCGGCGCGCGCCACCAUCGCCAACCUGCUCAACCACACGCUGGUGCUGCACUACGUUGACACCGAGAUCCUGCCCUCGGCGCAGGCCGCCAUGGCCGCGGGCGCCGGGUGGAUCAUCGGCGAGUUCAACUCGGUCGCCUGCAGCGGCAAGCCCGGCGUGUCCGACACGUUCGCGCAGGCGCUGUGGGCGGCGGCCGCGUCGCUCGCCUACGCGGCGCGCAACGCCAGCGCCGUGCACGCCCACCAGGGCGCCGCGCUCAGGUUCCAGAGCGACCAGCAGCUGAAUGCCCCCGGCGACGAUGGCAGCCCCGGGUUUAGUAGCUACUCGCUGCUGUAUCCCGUCGAUUCGAGCAAGCGGGGCGAGGCGAGGGUCCUGCCGGUGUUUGUGAGCCAGUUGUUGCUUGCGGAGGCUCUCAUCGACGAUGGAAAUGGUGGUGUUGUUGGUGGGUAUAGGAUUGCGGCACUGGAUACGCCGGAGGGGUUGAGCCAGGAUGGUUUCGCCGCGUAUGGCAUUUUUGGUGGUGCUGCUGCUGGUGGUUUGAAACUGGCAAAGAUGGUGAUUUUGAAUACGAAGCCGUACUAUGCCGGCCAGGACGCAGCGCGCGGGACCGUGUCGCUUGACAUCGGGAAGCACAAGGGGGCGGCUGUGAAGCGGAUGACUGCGCCGUCCGUUGACGAGACAGACACUGCCAAGGUGACGUGGGCUGGGCAAUCGUUCAGGAACGGGAACGCUGUUGGGCACGUCUCGGUCGAGCGUCUCCGGGCGAGGGAGAGGGUGCUGUUGAGGGAUAGCGAGGCGGUUUUGGUUACGUUCGAGGAGUGAGGAUCACAGUAGAGCACCGUAGAGAAGUAAUGGGCUUGUAUCCAUGGCACCUACUCUGCAGCACCAGCAUGGGCAUCCUCGAGAGCCAUCCUCAUAGCAACAUCAACGUUCACAGAGCGUGCUCUGAUAUCCUCAGUAUACUCC